UAUUUUUAUUUUCUUCCUUUUCCUCCUUUCCCAGUCUCACAUUUUUUCUCUCUAAGCCGCUCUUCUUUCUUUUCUUGAUAGAGUGUUGUUUUGGACUGUUGGUUUUCAAUUUCUUUUUAUUAUCAUUUUGCUGUUGUUGUCGGAGAUUUUAAGCUAGAAGAUGCAACCGAGACACAGUUUAAAUUUCGGCACUUGAAGAUAACAAAAAUAUGAUACAUUAUGAGGAUCGUAGAGCGAUGGGAAGUGGUGUUUGCCCCUGGAAAUGAAGGAGAGACAACGUUGGAGAGCUGAAGAAGACGCAUUGUUGUGUGCAUACGUAAAACAAUAUGGACCGAGGGAGUGGAACCUUGUGUCACACCGCAUGAACACGCCCCUAAACCGAGAUGCGAAAUCUUGCUUAGAAAGGUGGAAUAACUACCUCAAACCUGGUAUCAAGAAGGGAUCCCUUACGGAAGAGGAGCAGCGUCUUGUAAUCCGUCUUCAAGCCAAACACGGGAACAAAUGGAAGAAAAUUGCUGCUGAAGUCCCUGGCAGAACUGCUAAAAGACUGGGAAAGUGGUGGGAGGUAUUCAAAGAGAAGCAACAAAGAGAACACAAGGAGAAGCAUAAGACGGUAGAAUCGGUUGAGAACGGCAAGUACGAUAGAAUAUUAGAAACUUUUGCUGAGAAACUAGUGAAACAGAGGCAUAGCUCAACCUUUCCAAUGGCCGCUUCCAACGGGGUUUUUCUUCCUACCGACCCACCUUCGCCUGCACCAACUUUACUUCCACCUUGGCUUUCUUCUAAUUCCAGCAAUACCUCAGUUGUCAGGCCACCUUCCCCCUCUGUGACGUUAAGCUUAUCUCCCUCAACAGUGCCAGCUGCCCCUCGAAUCCCAUGGCUGCAACCUGAGAGAAUGUCGGAAACUAACCCUGUUUUGGGAAAUAUGGUACCCCAUGGAUCAUUUUCUUCUUGUAGUGAGAACAUGCUGAUAUCUGAACUGGUGGACUGCUGCAGGGAGCUAGAUGAAGGGCACCGAGCUUGGGCUGCACAUAAAAAGGAAGCAGCCUGGAGGUUAAGAAGGGUAGAGUUACAACUGGAAUCAGAGAAAGCGGGCCGCAGAAGGAAGAAAAUGGAGGAAAUCGAGUCGAAGAUCGAGGCUCUAAGGGAAGAGCAAAAGACCGCACUUGAUAUGAUUGAAGCUGAAUAUAGGGAGCAACUAGACGGGCUAAGGAGAGAUGCCGAAGCAAAGGAUCAAAAAUUAGCUGAGCAAUGGGGUGCCAAGCAUUUGCAUCUCACCAAGUUUCUGGAACAAAUGGGGUGCAGAGCCAGGGUUGGCGAGCCUAAUGGCCGGUGAGCGAAGCUCUUUUAUCUGCAUCUGCGUUCAACACUCUUUCCGAUUACAAGCGCCCAUUCUCUUCUCGUAUUCUAAUAUAGAUGCUAUCUUGUCUGGAUGGAAAGGUAGCAUUAGCUGAACUAGCUCUAUCUUUUGUGUUUACCUCCUACAAUAUAUUAAAUUUACAUUCCAACUCUUUGAA